AUGAAAUUAUCUACAACUACAGCUUUAGCAGUUUUGGCUACUGCCACUGCAAUCAAUGCUGCUCCAGAGCAACAACAACAAUCUGAAUCAGAAUUUGGUUCUAAAGCAUUGACCAAAAGAGAACAACAAGAUAUUCAAGAAUUGGUUCAACAUAUCAACAAUUAUAAAGCUAGAAGAGAUGCUAUUGAUGAAGAAAUUAUGAAAAGAGAUUAUGCUAUUGUUACUGAUGUAUUAUCAGCUAUUAAUCAAUCACAAUUGGCUCCUAAAAUUUUGGAUUAUUUUGUUACUAAUGAAACUUUCAAACCAAUUAUUGUUAAUGUUGCCAUUGCCACUAUCAAAUCGGGUAUUAUUUCAUUACAAGCUUUAUUGGAUGCUUUAGUUUCUUCUAAUUUGGCAGUUAAUGUUGUUAAUGAUUUGAUUAGUGAUUGUUCAUUAUAUGUUCAAUUAUUCAAUGCUGCUAAAAGUGUCAUUAAUGAUCUUGCUUCUAAAGUUAAAGAUUUGAUUUCUAAAGGUGUUAAUCAAUUGAUUACUAGAGAUGAAAAUGAAGUAGAUGCAUUGGCUCCAUAUGUUGUUACUGUGGAAAGAAGACUUGAUUUAGACGGAGUUGUUGAUAAUUUGUUGGAUUCUUUAUAUAAAUCUGGUUUAGCUACAUCUGUUGUUAAAGAUGUUUUGACUAAUUCUGAUUACAUUCCAUUUGCUACCGAUUUGAUUAAAGCUAUGAUUGCCAAUAAUUUGAUUGAUCUUGGUAGUAUUGUUGAUGCUGUUAAACAAUCUGGUUUGGUUACUCAAUUAUUCCAAAAACUUGUUAACUUUGGUACUGUACAAACAGUUGCUGAAACUGCUUUUGCUGCUUAUGCUGGUGAAUGUCAAGGAUCUGGUUCAGGAUCAGGAUCAGGUUCCGGUUCAGGAUCUGGUACUACUACAAUUACACCUGGUGGUUCCUCUAGUGGAGGUUCUUCUGGUGGUUCAGGUUCAGGCUCAGGUUCAGGUUCAGCUGGUCCAUGUAAAAAGAGAAAAAGAAGAAGAAGAAGAAGAUCCAACUACUAA